AUGACCGAAGGCCAUCAAAUGCAACAGCCUGCAAAUAGCCUUCAUUCCAUGUUUCCCCCAGAGUCUGGAGGCCAGCCUCCUACAGAAAAUCUUGUCGAGACCCAAAGAUCGUUGGAUCCGCAUACCUCUUUGGAGGACUAUAACCGAACCAUGCUGGAAUAUACCCAGCGACAAAUGUCGUCCUUCGUCGACCUUGAUGAAGGUAGCGGCAGCUGCGGUACCAGCAGCCGAAGUAGUCAGAGCAGCGGCAACAGCGGUGUAUCUAGCAAUGGUGUUCUAGUUCGUCAAGCUAGUGGCCCUCCACCUUCAGCCAAUUCUGCUGUGUCAACGCGCCACGGCACUCGGCAGCACGGUCACAGGCCAGUACGCAGUCCCAAUGAGGCCAAGCCCUCGAGAUAUUAG